ACACAAUGGCAGCAUUCCCUCCCGGCGGCACUUUCUUCGACACUCUGAAGCGUAGCUUCUCAGACGUCCCCAUCGACAAUGGCAAGAUUGCCACUACCCAGUUCCUCGAGGCUGCCGAGAGUUUGACCACUCUCUUCGGCCANGAUGUCCUCGGUUCCACUGCCUUCAAGCCCGUCAAGUCGGACAUGGCUGGCAACAUCAAGACUCUCCAAGACCUCGUCCGCAACGAGCUCGCAACCAAGAAGCACGUCGCAACAGAAGGUCUCGUCUGGUUGAACCGUGCCCUCGACUUCACUGCCCAGGCUCUUCGCCAGAACCUGACCAACAGCGGCGAGGAGGUCAGCGUCUCGUUCCGCGCCGCCUACGGUAACACCCUUAGCAAGCACCACAGCUUCUUGAUCAAGCCUCUCUUCAACGCUGCCAUGAGCGCAACCCCCUAUCGCAAGGACUUCUACGCCAAGCUCGGUGACGACCAGGCCCGUGUGGAGAAAGAGCUCGGUGCUUGGUUGAGCAGCCUGGAGAACAUUGUCAAGAACCUGAACGACUUCUUGGCCACAAAGGAGGCCAAGUGG